CUGAGAAGGGGGCGGGGCUUGUAUCUGAUUCCUGGCACUAGUCUGGUCUGCAAACAGAGAAAGGUGGAGAGAUUUUCACCUUCGACUGUCACACACGCAUACGCUCUGUGACAGAAACGGAACACAUCGAAACAUAACAGGACUAUGGACCUGAGCCUGCGAGAUGCUCUGGGUGGGGGUGCAGGUGGGGUCCCAGGUGGGGCCCCUGCUGAGGCCCUGCUGAAGAGAGACUUUGUGGCCUCGCUGGAGAAAGAGAGCUAUGAUGACAAGGUGGGAGAGACGGUCAGCAAGAGCGACUACCGACCCUUACUGGAUGGAAAGGACACUAAGAGCGGUCCAGGCAUGAUGUCAUCAAUGAUGUCAUCAGGGGGACGCCAAGACCCGCAAGGACAGCCUGCCUUCAGCUCUGACUACCUGUCUGGUCCUAUGAUGGGUGGGAGGACAGAUCAAUGGAGCAUGAACAAGACAAAGGACAACAGCAUGCCUGACUCAUUGCUAGGCUUUUCUCAGUCUGGGAUGGGAGGGACCAUGGGAUCCAGCCUGCCACCCUUCCAGACCAGUAUGGGCUCUGCUCUCGGCCAGACUGGGAUGGGGUCAGCUAUGGACACCCAGAAGAGUUCGGGCAUGUUUGGUGCGGAAAACAAAAGCACCAGUGGAAGCAGCCCCUUUAAAACCAGUGAUCUGUUUUCCUCUGGGGGCCCAGGAAUCCACUCUAUGGAUCACUCUGCAGCAGCUCCCGUCCUCUCUCCCACCGGCUCAAUGGAAGACAGCAGUCCCACUUCCUCCGCCUCCGAACCCCUCAGCCCUAAGAGAGUGGGGCCGGGGGGGGAGGCUGACAAGCAACAGCAGAGGCGGCGGAAGAAGAAGAGGAAGGGCCACGACCAGGUCUACGACUUCUUGGAUGGCCAGGAGAAUAACUUUGGCCAAUCACUCAAGCAUGGGAUGCAGGAUAAAGGCGGACUGGAGGCAGAGGAGGACGAGGACGAGGAGGAGAACUGGGAGUGGGGAAUCAGAGAGAGUGGAGGAGGAGGUAGAGUGAAAGGCAAGAAGAAUAAGAGUCGGGCAAAACUUCCUGAGCAGUGGGGAGUGCCCCAGCAGCCCGUCUCUCCCGCGCUGGCUACGGUCGCUCCUACCUGGGCUACUGCCGACUCCAACCCCAGCCCUGUUUUGGCCUCUGCCCCUUCACAAUUACCCACAAGUUUCAUCAACCUUUCCAAUGUUAGCCUUGUAACUGAUUCAUCUCCACGCUCUUACGAGCCGAUGUGUGUAGACGAUUUCCCUUCAUCUGCUAAAGAUGGUCAAAAGACAAACGAAGAGAAAGUUCCGAUUAGCAAACCUGAACCUAACAUAAGCGCAGCGACUAGUGUUCCUAGCAAGAGUAGUUUAGUUGGGGAUGUUAGUGCUAGUCUAGCAUUGAUGACAGGGGACAAUUUGAGCCCAGUCUCCCAGACCUUCUCAUUCCUGGAUUCAGUCCUGCAGACCCCUCCAGGCUCCACUCCUGACUCACAGACCACCACCCCUAUCACCAACACCCCCUCCCUUGCUACGGCUCCCCUGAAUAAGUCCAUCCCAUCAGAUAUCGGCAUCCCUGCUUCACAAGCCACUUCUGUUUUCAACCCCUCCAAGAUUACUUCAGACCUUCCUCAUACUUCCGCUCUGUCCACCAGCCCAUCACCGUUAGCUGCCGCAGACACGCUUGCUCCAACAAUUGCAGUCAGAUCAGCCCUCAACGUUGACGCCAAGCCUUUCGUCCCCUCAGCCACACUCAUGUCCUCUACAGCCACACCCAGCACAAUUGCAGCCACUCCUGUUGUUAGUACAGCAGCAGCAGCCUCCACGGGAAGCGCAGCUACUGCGUCCGCUACCACCUCAGCCACACCCCUUAGAUCCCCAGCUUCCCCCUGUAAGAACGAUGCCACUCCCACACCAUCAUCAAACACUCCCCCUAAAAGUGUAGCCACGCCCUUUAGCUCAGCAGCAGCCACUCCCCCUCCACCCAUCACCCCCGCAGCCCCUCCUUCUCUCCCUGCACACUCAGAGCACCAGGAGUCCUCGUCGCCACAGCUCCCCCCACUGGAAGUGAAAUCUGACAACAAGGACACGCAGGAAAAGACAGAUACCUUUGACAAGAAAGAGAAAGAAGAGCAGCAGAAGAAGGACGCUGGCCCAGAAAAGAACCAGAAGUCUGAGAAGAUCAUCAAAGAAGAGGAAAAGAUGGAGAAGAUGAACGCGGAGAAAAACAAGGAGAAGGCAGAGAAGGGGGACAAGCCUGAGAAGACCAAUAAAGACGAGAAGAAGGAAGAGGAGAAGAGGCUGGCCGAGAAGAAGGAAGAGAAGGGAGGGACAGCCAAGUCUCCCACAGGCAAUGGCAGCAAGACCCUGCCAAGCCCUGACAACAAGAACAAGCCUGACGCGGGUUCAACUAAACCAAACUCAGCCAAAUCCCGCCCAUCCACCCUCUCCACCAAUGGCGAGGCCACCGUGGCCAAACGCCCCUCCCCCACCACAGCCUCAGCCAAUAAAAAAAGCCCUGUACCCAAGGCGACCACACCCACCGCUGCCAAGCGGCCGCCAACUGGCUCCGCCAAGGCUGCCAAGACUCCAGAAAAUGAGAAGCGGCCACCUGUCUCAAAGGCCACGCCCACACCCCGUGCGACCACUGCAAGUAAAACUCCUGCGAACAAGAAUGAGAAGACUGAGAACAAGACGGGAGAGGCCAAGAAACCCAAGACUACAGCCCGUCCUCGCCCGGCCCCCAUCACUACUCCUGCUGCCUCCACUAACGGUGAAGCCGCUCACCGCCGCCGUGUCCUCACCAAACCCCCCGUGCCCAAGCAGACCCCAAUGGAGAAGAAGCCGCCGGUGCCCCGUGCUCCUCGAACCCCCCGCCCAAUCAACGCUCCAACACCUGACCUGAAGAACAUCCGCUCCAAGAUCGGAUCCAUCGACAACAUCAAGUACCAGCCAGGUGGAGGAAAGGUCUCCUCCCAGAACAACAAGGCAUCAGACCCAUCCACUCCCACCGCCAAGGCCAGAGUUCAGAUAGUGCACAAAAAGCUGGACUUCAGCCAUAUCACGUCUCGCUGUGGCUCCAAGGACAAUAUCAAACAUGUCCCUGGAGGUGGCAAUGUGCAGAUCCUGAAUAAGAAGGUUGAUUUGAGCAAGGUGACGUCCAAAUGUGGCUCAAAGGACAACAUCAAGUAUAAGCCAGGUGGAGGUGAUGUGAAGAUUGAGUCCCAUAAGCAAAACAUUAAAACUAAGUCUAAGAUUGGAUCCAUGGACAACAUGGGGCCGGGCAACGAACAGACCAACGGACACAAGGAGAAGACAUCUUCUCCCCCAAGUGGCGCUCCGAUAACAGGACCAGCAAGUGUUGCUAAGGCAACAGGACCAGCAGGUGUUGCUAAGGAGAAUGGGGUGAAGGAGACCGCACCUACUCCUUUUGGGGGAGACGGCCUGAGGGAGCAUAGCAUAGACAAACGCAUCACUGAGACAAAUUGAGUCCCAGUGACCUUGAGAUUUUGGUGGGACACGCAUGGCACUCGCCGACCUGCCAAUCAACCGACCAACCAACCUACCACGGCGCAGUCACUUCCCUUUGGCCCCGCCCUUCAUCUCGCCCACCGCUGCACCGAACUGACGGAUCGCCUCUCAGUGUUUCUCUGGGGUCCUCCUGCCAGCUUCCUGCUACCAACCCUGACCUUUAACCUCUCGAUGGUUGACCUUUGGCCCUGCUACCACAGAGAAGAGCACUUGCUGUUUGUCUGUGUUUCCGUCUGUUGGUUUCCACUGGCUUUUCGACUGAUAAAAUUCCCUUGUAGGCAGUGAUUUAGAGGACUUCAACCGCAAACCCCAAAUUUAACGCAAUUCAAUGCAAUAAUCCAACUAUUGUAGUCAAUGCUGUAUGCUGUAUGAAAGUAUGCUGAGCGUAGGCAGUUUUAGAAUAUUUCCAUGAGUUUUAUACUUUUUAAACACAAGUCCUUAUAGCGCAAACACCUGCCUCAGAACUUAGUUUCUAAGUCCCUCCUGCAGGCCUUCACAGUUCAAAACCACUUUGAUCUUCACACCUUUGUUAGCGUACCUAUGCUAACGCUACUAUAUGCCCCACCAGAGCACACUAACCAGCUGAGGGCCCUCUACCAGUCAGCAGCAGGGCAAACUCUGGCAAGUCUGCUUUAAAUCUGCACCUUCCAGCCUCCCAGCCAGCCAGCAAUUACUUCCAAAUCCAGGACUGGACAUUUUCCCACUAUAGGUAAUUCUACAGCUUAUCAUAAAACAUUAUCUCACAUUACAUCUCUUAGGCAUCAUUGCAUGAGUUUGUCUCACACAAAUUUAUUACAAUAAUGCUUCUUUAUCUCUGGACUAUUGAUAUCAUGAUGCUUACCUUUAGCAGUGAUCGGUGCAGAGGACCGGGGCUUAUGUAGAGUAGAUGUGAUACAUUUGGAGAUGUUUGGAAAUAGAAGUAGAUCUAAAGACAGAGUUCAAAAUCAGUGCAGAACGUAAGUGCAGAAGUGUUAAGGAUGUCAGACAAUUUCUUUGUUAUGUUUCAAGAAAAGAUGCAUUCAUUGACAGAAGAGUACAGAAAUCUAGAGGCUAUAACAAAGCAGAGGACUUUUACUACAGUGAGAAACAUCAUUUAAUGAUGUUAUUAGAGCAUGAUAAUCAUUAAGAAAUGUAGGCGUGAAGGGAUAAGGGAGCUCUGUGGCUUCUCUGGGUAGCCUAGGCUCAAAAAAGAUUUUGCACUGAACACAGGUAUUUGAUCUUGAAGCCAAAGUCGAGAUCAGUAUUUAACCCUUUAUGAUAAGUGACCUUGGAAUUAAUCUACUAGCAGCUGCACCUCUUCCAUUAAUGCACAGUAUACAGCAUGUAGCACUUGUCUUAAUGCAGACCGUGUCAACCACAAUGUCACAGGCUGCUGGGUAAAGACCUGGUCACGCCGGCACUUGAAAUGGCCAGAUUCUAACGCAAAAUCAAUGUAUUACAAUUGAAUCAGCAUGAUCAGUGAUUUCGCUCACGUUGUUUGCUAAAGAGAGUGGGGGAACUAGCCCCUACGAUUAGUCCCUACGUCACCAAGUUGCUAAAACUACAUAAUUCGGCAAGACAUGCGGAUGAAUUUCACCAUGCCACUUUCUUGUGUGACUGGGCCUUAAUUCACUAUAACACAAUAAUCUUUAUUAUGAUCCCCCUUAGCUUCCACAAAGAGUUUUGCUAGUCUUCGUGUGACCCUGUUCUCCUACACUAUAACUCUUUGGUUCCCACUCUGUCUGAUCGCAAACCUCAUGUAUCCUUCAGUCCCAGUCAUACACUUAUAGAUUCUCCUGUGAGCAACCCUAGCAGUCAACCUGACAGACAGACAGACAGACAGACAGACAGACAAUGCCUUCUUUCUCUUGCGCAUGUGGUACUUCCUGGUCAUGUUGUUUAACCCAGUGGAGAGAGGGUGGGGCUAUGGAGCCACACCCUCUUUUUAAGUCCUUCCACUAGCCGGUGCGUCUUAGAAUCCUCUCUUGCAGACCUGCUAGCUUUCCUCACACACACAAGGACAAGCACACACAUGCUUGUCAGUGUGCAUGCACUCACAAAGACACACACACACACACACACACACACACACACACACACACACACACACACACACACACACACACACACAGAAACAGAAAUCAGCACAUAUACACAAACAGUAUAAUACACACAAAUAGGCACCCUGAAAUAAAAACGGUAUGUUGUUCAUAGAAGCAUUUCUCUGUUAUUGAAACCAACUCUUUAUUGUAUUUUGGUGGUCUAUGCUGAUAUUGUUAAAACAAUGAUGAGCUUGUGUCGGUGUUUUGUUCCUAUCAUAGUCAUUGUCUGACAUUUUCAUCAUAGGCUCACCUCACCCUGCCCCCUUUUGUCUACUUCCUCGUCCUGUGUUUCACUCCAACUCUCUGACAGCAAUACAGUGAUCUUAGUUGGGAACGUCCCCUGUUACGCGCACAUAGAGACAGAGAUCGACCACUGAAGUUAACAUGUAGUUAAAGGAGUUAGCAUGGAGGUGUCAAUUAAAGGGAAUAAUGUUACAUUCAUGGCAAGCCUGAAGCUGGCAUUUUCUUUGCAAUUUUGUAUUAAUUUACAAGAGACUGUCUCGUAGAUUGAGCCUACUGAGAGCUACUACCAAGCCACUUGAGGUGACUGCUGCACAUAUGAUUGAGAUAAUCAAGUUUCUAGUUGCCUCUCCAGCAUAUAUUUCACUCAACAUCUGUAAUGUAAAUAGAUGGAAGUAAAUAGCUUUUUAAAUGCAUUUUCUUUUUUCUUUUUUGUUCAGCAUUUUCUUGUAUUUGUUUUGUAUAGGACACUACUGGUUAUAUAAACAUUAUUAAAAUCCUCAAAUGUUUAAAAAAUAAUUAUUAUAAAUGAUUUGUACUACACUGGACAUCAUGAAUUGCCCAGCUCCAAAAUGCCAUGAAUGCAGCAGUAUUCAAGCAGGCUCGAACCAAGAACGGCCUGCAAAUACUGUGGUUGGGACCAUCCAGUGGUGUUUGAAAUUGUCUUUCUAGUGGACAAAUCUGUAGUUUUAAAAUAGAGAUCCACAAUUUAAGCAAUGUUUUCAUUAAAAUGCUAGUACACUCAGUUCAAAAGAAAAUCUUCAAUGGUAGAUUUGAAAUUUGUCACACCAGAAAAAUGAGUAGAAACAGUUAUCUUAAAGUUAUCCCUAUCUACUCACUGUAAUUCUAUGCAUUGUGCAUCAGAGGCUGAGAUGGUCUCCGCUAAAACUAUGAAGGAUUAGUGACGUGUUUGUCGGGUGUUGCCGUAGUUGUCAGAUGUGUGAAGUGUUACUACUGCAUCCAUCCUGUAGAGAGCGCUGCUUGGCCUCUAGAACACUGAUAGUCUGGCUCUGAGACUUAAAAAAGGCUGACUGAGAAACCUCACAUCCUCGUUAGAGAAGCUUCACUUGAGUUACUUACUGUUCUCCUUCAAACUAGUUUUGAUGGACAUACUAUAUUACUGUACCUGGACAAUAAAUACUAUCAGAAUCAUAUUAAUUAUAUGCAGCUCCCCUGAAAACUCAAAAGUCUUUCAACACAGUCUUGCUCAUUUCUUGAUGCACUGAAGUGAUUAAAGUUGCUUUACUGUAUAUUGGUAAAACAUUGUCAGCUGUGUACUGUACGUGUGUGCGUUUGGCAGCAAAACAGUCUUGGUAGUUAGAUAAAGUUAUGAUAAUCAAAGAACAAGUGAUUAAAUAGUCAACAAUACAAUUAAAAACACCAUUCAAGCAUAUUUAAUAUUGUAAUGUUCCCUCCAAAUCAUUCCCAUAAGUUGCCUAAAAGUAAAACAUGACAUAUGUGUGGAUCAUAUGUGAACGCGAUAAUGUGAAUCUUUCUUCGGGAACAGAAGAACAAAGGGAUGAAAGCACUUUGAUUGGUGUAGAUAGUGGUGUGUGCAUAUAACAGAGGAACAAGUUGUAGUCUUAAUGUGUGUUGGAAGCUCAGUGUAAGAGCAUGUUCCCGGGAUGACCUGAUGUGGUGUAUGUUGAAUGAAACAUCGGGACCCCUUUAUCUUGGUCAGCUUAGUGGAUUUUAGUGGAACUUUGGUCAUCGGUGUUGUGCUAUUGGCUAUGAUGGUUUUACACUCUACUCUCCAGUCUGCCCUCAUGUUGUUCCUGUCAACAUUCACUGGUUAUUACUUUCAGACCAAGCUACAAAAGCACAUUUCCCCAGUGGGUAGGUGUCAGUUUAUAGUCACUUAAAGGACAAUACUGAGCUUUGAGGAGCCUUAUUUAAUAUGUUUUGAGAGGACUACCAUCACAGCUACCUCUGGCUAAACGUUUUAUCAUGAAUGAACUUCACACCUUUAGCAUAUAGCAUGUUAAGUAAUUGUAAGUGAUUAUCAUUAUCCUAAAACAGGGAAUAUGGGAAGGAUCCAAACCUGUGAGAUUUAUCCCGCGACCUGUGAAACAGACGUACAGUUUGGUCAAAAUGCUGCACUUUGCAUGCAAGACUUGAAGCGUUGCUUGUUUUGUUUAGCCAGAAAGUGAUUGAUAUUCACCAGCCAGCUACUAAUGAUAGUAGAUAAUGUUAAAGAUUGUAAUUCUGUUUUACAAGUUAUAAAUCUACAGGCCAUAAAGUAAAAAAAAAACAUUUUGUAAAUGUUUGUACUUAUGUGGGAUUAAGGAGAAGUCAUCUUAAAAUAUUAAUUUUAAAUGUUCAAUUUAGAUUAGUUAAUGUUUCACACUUUAUCUAUCAAUUCUCCAAAAAGUGGAAUUUGGAAAUUGUAUUAUUCCUUUUCCUUGGAAGGGCAUGUGUGUCUUUAUUAGAUACACAGACAGGAGAGAACUGAGAGGAAAUUAGAUAAGUUAUGACAUGUAACAAAGUACCCUCGGCAUUGUCAACAUCCAAACCGCUAGGCCCAAACCACCAGGGUGACGCAUAGACAACAGUGAAUCUUGUUGUGUAAGAAGAUUUAUUGUGACUUUACAUUAGAAUCUGGUCGAUUUCGGCCAGUGUUAGCUUAAAGCAAGUCUGUCGUUUGUUAUCAGCGUAUUUGUUGGCUGAUAAGUAACAACGCAUAGCUGUACAUAAAUUACAAAGUUGCGUUUGAGGUCAUUUAGAAGCAGUGACAGGUGUUGCAUAGUUUAUCCAGCAGAAAGUGUAUAUUUCAAAUCUAAAAUGUUCUGCUCAGUGCAACUCUUGGUCACAGCUCUUUAAUAACCAAAUGUAAUGGAUACUUAGGAAAAACUGUUGUUUAUGUUAAGUCUUUAUGUUCAAAAGUGAAUAUCAGUCAAAUCGAUACGUUAUCAUAAAUAAUAAAAAAUCAAUAUUAUAUAUAUAUAUAUAUAUAUAUAUAUAUAUAUAUAAUAUAGUAUCUGACUCAAAAAUCUAGUAUGGGUCAAGCUAUACUUUACACACAGUAUGCAAGCCCUGUGAAAGAGAGUAUUAUGGUUCCAGGCUACCCUUCAAAUAUUCGGUAAGAAGACCAAAGGGUCACCUUAUCCCUUUAAGUUAAGGGUUAAUAUAAUCAUAGAGGAUAUGAUCAGAUUUAAGACGAGAGUCAUGCUUUUAGUACUCAGUAAUAACCAGUAUAGUGAUUUGUGGAAUACAGUUAACGUUGCAACUUUGCAGCUUGGACAAAAGGUAAUAACCAGAUUCACUCUGAUGUCCGUUCACGACUGUUUGAUUCCCCAGUUAUAGCGCUUGAACACCCCCUUUCCACUAGUAUCUCACACUGUCCCUUGUAUAUAGUUACCACCAUGUUUUUAUCACUCCAGAAGUAACUAAAAUAAAUAAAAAAUCUAACAAAAAAAAAGUUUAAAAAAUCGUACUUCUUAACAGGGUGUUGUGGAUGUUGACAGAUGAGCUUUCACGUUCAUGAAGCUGUUACCGUUAAGGUUAAUAAUGGUGUUAUUAUAAGAUCGAAAGCAUAAGAAAGGAAAAGUGUACUUUUUCCUUUUUCAGAGUCUGCCUUUUUUUCCGCCAAGAAAAGGGCUGCUGAAGUUUCAAGAAUGUUUUUAAAAUGUAUUAAAGAUGCAAGAUUAUGAAUACAUGUAUGAGGUUUGUCUCUGUUCUGUUUUGGAAGAUGGAUCACAUAUGGAAACACUAUUUGCCAGAUUCAAAUUGACGGGCAGGAAGGGAGGCAGUGUGUGUCGUGUUUGGGUAUGGUCUGAGAUUACGACUUAACCAGCAUUACAGACAGAAAAUGGAAUCACAGAAAACUAAAUAACACAAAUAACACACUUUAGAAUUGAUUGUCAUUCGUUUAUUAAAACAAAAAGAAACGAUUGGUUUCCACAUUGGUUUGAAAUGCACUACUGUAACACCUGGCACACACUGCUCAGCCCCUUCUCUCGCCUACCGCCACCCCCCUCCCGUUAGACUAACCAGACUUAGUCUUUUGGCAUGUGGUAGAAUGUAAUGUUCUGUAUUAGACAGCUCCUAUAUAGACACCUCGACAUACCUACCAACACAAGAUUGAAUUAAGAGAUGUUUUGGACCAAUUGAAAGAACAUUUUGGAAAAAUCUGCCCUUAAAAUCAUAGGAUAAAUCAAUCAAUGCUGAGCUCAAACAUACAGUAAGUUUGAACUGUAGCUGUACUUCUAAGAGAGACGGCUAAUUGCUUAAAAAUGUAACUGGGGAUAAAGGUUAUUGAGAAUAAAAGGGAGUGUUGGUAGAUAUGCACCUGGAGCCCAUAGCUGUGUCUCCCACCUACAGAGGCUUGUCAGCGUCACAGCACUGAAAAGUAGCUUUGUCUUCUUGUGUCCUUUACCACGUAGUGAAGUAAAACCAAUAUUCAAACUGUUUAUCAAGGAGAGCACAAAACUAGAACCGUACCAUCACUAUAAAUAUUGUAUUGAUUUUAUUGUAUUAGAUAGGCUUUGAAAAUAGGAUUAUUUUUGUGUUUUACCUGCUGUACUUGUUAGCUACAUGUUCAAAUCUGUCAUUACAAAUUGAGAGGGGAACCGGCAAAAGAAAUUUACUUUUCAGUACUGUGGCGUGGAUCCACUGUAGUGUGUGCUUUAUUAUUCUGUAGGGCACAACACCAUAGCAAGAGCAUGCAGAAGACAACAAACAAACUGCUGGUUGUUAGAGGCAUCUGUCCUAUUAGAUAGAGCUCAUCUCUCCCUUCAAUUCUGAAUAUUUGGUAUGAAAGAGAUGUUCAUUGUGAUUCAUUGUUAACCAGUGAUGUGAAUAUUAAUCAUGAAAUAAAAAGAUGAGCAAAAGAUC